AUGCUCAAGUUCACUAGUGUCGUCGCUACUCUCUCCGAAAAUUCGUUGCCAAGUGAGGAGUUGUUGACUGAUCUCAUACAGUCUAGUAUGAGUGCUCACAUCACGCAGGGGCAUAAGAGCUCAGCUGCUGAUGCCUUCGCACUGCAGGCUGCUGUCAUCGAGACGGCGAGAUUCGUACGAGCAAUGAGACGUGUACGCAUGGCCACAACCCAGUAUGUUGCCUCGACUAUGGGCUCCUUCAAAGUGAUGACGAAGAUGCUAGCAAAGAAUACCGCAUUUAAAUGGCAGGGAGUGGUAUCGCCUCGCCAAUGGUUUACAGAUCGUAUUGAAGCGGAGAAUGCCUUAUACUUCACAAUGCGUACAUCUAUGAUGAUGCUGGUAUCCACACUGGUGUAUUCGGUAUGGGAAGGGAGGGAUGAAGCCGUUGAUGCUUACGCUCUAUGGGGGCUACUGCCCGGUCAUAUUAUAUUGCAGUUGCUGAUCAAGGGCGGCGCGAUCCGUGCAGUGUAUUGCGUAGCGCCCCUCUUCGCAUGGACCCUCCUGGGCAGCGCCCUUGGGCUAGCCUCUGCUGAGAGUAACCGAGGUAGCAUCAGUGCCUACGCCACACAAAUGGUGCUGCUGGCUGCUAUCGCUUCCUACCUACAUCGUGGAUCCCUUAAGAAGGUAUCGGGACCGAUACUAGCAUAUCAAUCAUGGCUCGUAGUGGCUGUAGCCAACUGGACGGAUGACGAGGGUAAGCUUCUAGAGGAGUGCAUGCUAUGA